GAGAUUCUCGACCUCUCCCUCCUCCUUGCCAAUGGCAGCCUGACCUUCUGUUUCGAUAGUCCAGAUUCGACGUCAUUUGCGCCGGUCAAGCAGAUCAAAGUUCAGAACGGCUUCUGCGCCUCCGUGGAUUCAAGUGGUGGUCUUGAGAUUCGCACAGCCCCUAGCGCCCCCUUCAUGACCUCACCGGUCACAGCGAAGUCACCUCCCAGUACUCUUCCCAGAAGACCCCCACCGCCAGCCUACUACGUCCGUACCAAAUCAACUCCCUCUCCUCCGAGCCUUUCUCGAUCGAGUACUCUGAGCGAGAGUCAGUCGACCCAUCCCAAUUCGCUAGCAGCAGAAAAUGCUGAGUUGAAAAAGACGGUCGAACAGCUUAACGCCAAAGUUAUUAGUCUUUCAUCUGAACUGGCAUUCUACAAGACCUCCUCUAGUUCGCGUGUUCCACCCAGCCUCCCGCCACGAAACCCACGACCUUAG